AACCCCCAGUCAACAAAACAAACAACAAACUAGGGUUUAAUAAAAACCACAAAAAUGGCGACUCGCUAUCUCUGUCGCAAUCUGUCAACAAUAACACGAUCCAUAAAAUCAUCAUCACAUGUUCUCCGUAUCCGCCCACUAACAACCCUAUCUUCCGUCAUUAACCUCCGUCAACCCGCCGUUACCUCGAACACCUUCCGUGCGUUUUCGACGAGGCAAACGACGUCGUCUUUGAACGAUUCAAACCCUAAUUGGUCAAACAGGCCGCCAAAGGAAACGAUUUUGUUAGAUGGAUGUGAUUUUGAACAUUGGCUUGUUGUUGUUGAGAAACCUCAAGGUGAACCUACUAGAGAUGAAAUCAUUGAUUCUUAUAUCAAUACUCUUGCUCAAAUUGUUGGAUCCUAUGAUGCUGCGAGGAUGAAAAUUUACUCGGUUUCAACAAGAUGCUAUUAUGCUUUUGGAGCCCUUGUAUCUGAAGAGGAUUCUUACAAGCUUAAGGAGUUACCUGGAGUUCGUUGGGUGCUCCCUGAUUCAUACCUGGAUGUUAAGAACAAGGAUUAUGGAGGUGAACCGUUUAUAGAUGGGGUAGCCGUUCCUUAUGAUCCAAGGUACCAUGAGGAGUGGAUCAGAAACAAUGCUCGAGCUAAUGAGAGAAACAGGAGGAACGACAGGCCUCGCAACUUUGACAGAUCAAGAAAUAUUGAAAGAAGAAGAGAGAACAUGCAAACCAACCGUGGAUCCCCUAACAUGGGAGGUUCACCGCCUCCAUCGUCCAACAUGGGAGCUCCACCAUCCAACAACAUGGGAGGUCCAGUGCCUAACAACAUGGGAGGUCCACCGUCUAACAACAUCGGUGGCCCACCGCCUAGCAAUUAUCGUGGACCUCCCAACAUGGGUGGUCCACCGCCCGGCAACAUGGGCGGCCCUCCUAGUAUGGGUGGUCCUCCACACGGCAACAUGGGCGGCCCUCCUAGCAUGGGUGGUCCCCCACCCGGCAACAUGGGCAGACCUUCUAACAUGGGAGGUCCACCACCCCACAACAUGGCAGGUAGACCACAAGGUGGGCCUCCCAACAUGGGAGGUGUGCCCCCCAAUAACUGGAAUGGUCCACCUCAACCAUACAACAGUGGAUCUCCAAACAUGGGAGGAGGAAUGCCGCCACCAAACAACAUGGGAGGAAUGAGGCCACCGAACAUGGGUGGAGGGAUGCAAAAUAACGCUCCUAACUAUCAGCACCAGGGGCAUUACGGGCCAAAUAAUGGAGGAGUCCCGUAUCAAUCUGGACUUGGGCCCAAUGGAUAUCCUCCCAAUGCAGGUGGUGGAAACCCCUACCAGAACCAGGAUGUACAGGGAAGAGAUAUUCCCCCUGCUGCCAACUAUCAAUAAGGAUAUGACUUCAUGAAGGCCAAAAUAAUUGGUUUAUCUGGUUCUUCUUGAGUUGAUAAGACGGUGUUACAACCUGUAUUGUGCAGAAUAUGAAUGAUGUUUGCUGUGUCAGACUUGUCAAAAGAUCUGUAUCGGGCUUAUUGUAUUUUGUAUAGUUUAGUAACAUCAUGAUGGGUUCGUUCGUGCUGCAUUUAGUAGUUACCUUGAUGUUUCCGAGACUGCAUUCUUGACUGCAUGUGGACUUUAGUACCCUAUCGCAUUUUUAGCAUGGUUUGAGUUGGCAUUCUGUCUCGUUUUUCUCCUUUUUUAGAAUAAAAUUAUCUUCUUGUUUGACAUUAAA